AGACACGCAUUCACAGGAUCCCUCUAAACUACGAGGGGAAAAUGCUUUACAACAUGAAUCUAGACGCCACGAUUCAAAUGGGCACCACCAGCGGAUCAUAACCGGACUUUUCUGAUUUGUGCUGAGGAUUAUUUCAGAUUAGUUAUGGUGGAAAAGGAUGGUUGUUAUUCCUGUUUGGCAGCACUGCGGGUUCUGCGAGUUUCCCUCGUGGAUGAACUGGAAGGACGGAUUGACUCUCUGCUGGAAAUCUUAGUGAGUCAGGAAGUAUUCACCCGUGAUGACCGUGAGGAGGUUUUGUGUCAGUUGGGGCCCCGGGCAAGAGUGAGGAACGUGUUGGAUAUUCUGGCGUGUAAAGGCGAGGAAGCAGCUGAGAUUUUUCUCUCAAUUAGAAGUCAUCAUCAGCAAGAGGCACCGAAACAAUCCAAAGAAGGCCCUACGGAUCAGCCUCAAUUCGUAGAGUAUAACAAAGUCAAACAAAAGCAUAAAGACUUCCUCACACGUCGGAGUGAGAGCAUGCUCUUCUACAACACUCGGCACGGAGAGAAAAUCCCUUUUUCCGAACACUAUGUCAAUCUCUUGUUGGCCGACGGACACCAGUGCUUGGAGAGAAAAAGACACGAGGUGCUGACAUUUGGACAAAAGCGACUAUCUAUGCAGCACAAGUCAGCGGUGCAUAGGAAAAUUGCACCAGCCGAACUCUUUUCAAGCGCAAAUGGAAACCGCCCAGUCAAGAAAGUUCUGGUGUCAGGGGUGGCCGGCAUCGGAAAAACCAUCCUGGUGCAGAAGAUGCUGUUUGAUUUUGGGGGAAACAGGGACCAUCUUGGAUUUGACUUCAUCAUCCACAUGACAUUCAGAGACCUGAAUCUGAUUGACAAACCUACAAACUUCCGGGAGCUGGUCUUGCGUAAAAACAGACACCUGUCUAAGGAACUGGAUGCCAUUUUAGCAAAUGACAACAAACUGCUGAUCAUCUUAGACGGCUUUGAUGAGUUCAGACACUGCAGGAGCUGUGAUGUAGACGCAUUUGUGACUGAGCCGGAUGAAGAUGCAGAGGUGGUGGUGGUCUUUGGGAGUCUGAUGCAAGGGGAACUGCUGCCCGACGCUUCUGUCAUGCUCACAAGUCGACCUGCAGCCAUCAACCACAUCCCUGUGGGCUGCAUCGACCGCUUUGUGCUCAUCACUGGCUUCUCCUUGGCUGAAGUUCAAGACUUCUUCCUACGUUAUUUCCAGGACAGCGCCAUUGCUGACUGCAUGUUCGCAGUGGUAUCGGCGAACGAACUAAUGCUGACGCUGUGCUACAUCCCUGCAUUUUGCUACAUUGUGUGCUGCAUCCUCAAAGAAAGCAAACACCUGUGUGGAGAGAGCCCCAAGACCAUGACAGACAUUUAUGUGCAGUAUCUGGUGGCCUUGCUUCGCUCUCACACUCAAGCAAGAGCAGAGACAUUUUGUCAAGAACAAAGAGCAGGGGCCGUCCAGAAGCUGUCUGAUAUUGUGCUGAAGCUUGGCCGACUCGCCUUCCAAAAGCUGAUGGAGCAUCAGACGCUAUUCUACAGCAGCGACCAAGAUGUUGCAGCGUUAGAGGGAUGCAGCCUUGUUAGUACCUUCCUUGACAAGACAGUGGCACAAGAGCCCGGCUGCACUGAAGAGGUUUACUCCUUUGCGCACCUUACUGUUCAAGAGUUCUUCGCUGCAGUGUAUUGUGCAGUGACAGAUGACCCUUUACCUGAUGUACUUCGGGAAACAAAAAGGGGGGGGGGGGGGGCCUUCCCGGGCAAGUGGGACUGA